AUGGGCAUUCAAAGUUUUGAAUGCGAGAGACGUAGACGACUAGACACUCUAACUGUCUGCGUCUCUUCAAAACUUCAAACGGCUGUAUCUCAAGUUCUAGAAGAGCUAGAGAGACCUCCUAGAAGCCGAGAUACAGUGCUUGAAAGUUUUGAAGAGACGCAGACAGUCAGAGUGUCUCGUCGUCUGCGUCUCUCGUCUUCCAAAGCUGUAAAUGACCAUAUCUCGGCUUCUAGAACAAAUCCAAGUUGCAACAAUCGUUCUUCAGGACAACCAGUCACCACGCCUUCAGAAUUUUUUCCAGAAGAAAUUCAGAAGACGUCGAAUUUUCCAGAAGAAGACGACAGCAUUUACGAUACGACGCAUCGUCACGUAAAUGCGCAAAUAGAGCCGAUGGAGGGACAUUCCUCCCUCGCCUCUUAUCCACCCCAUCAUCAUCAGCUCCCGCCGCUUCGACUGCCGUCCUCCUCCCACCAUCAUCAUCAAGGACCCUCGACGGCGCCCCCACAACAACAGUAUCAGGGAUUUUUGGACUUUCAAAGUCCGAGCCAAGACUAUCAUCAUUCAUACAAUAAUGGAUCAUCAUCCUCAACAUCCAAUGGUCAGGUGACAUACGGCGAACCGUCGACGUCAUCAGGAGGUGGCGGAGCUUACGGCGGUGCUCAGAAUGGGACGACGAAUUCUCAAAAUCCACCGUCCCACCAAUUUCAAAACUCGAAUUCAAAUCCGAGUUCAGCGAGCUAUGAGCUAGCUCCGCUACACUCGGUGAGGUAUGAGCAAUUACCGGCACCGCCCCAAUCGGCUCCGCCCACUCAUCGCGGUCCACAGUACCCUGUGAAGGUACUGGAACACCCACCACAUCAGUCACAACAACAAACGUUUGGAACAGUUCAGAGGAGUAUGAGCACCAGUGGCCCAAACAUGAACCAUCACCAUCUACAUCACAAGCCGUCUUCCACUUCGCUAUCCCAUCAAUCAACGAGCACUAAUUUAAUAGCUCCGCCCCCAUCAGCUCCGCCCAAUCUGGCUCCGCCCACUUUGGCUCCGCCCACGCAACGAAAGACGCCGCCCGUUGGAAAACGGCAGCCGGACGCCCAGGAACAGGAGAAAACGGAUAUGGCGGUGGCGAAAAAUGUGACGGAGAUUUUUGCGAAAAACGAAAUGAGACAAAGGCCGAAUAUUUAUAGUCCGCCUCCAACAACGAGACCCCUCGCCACCCUGGCUCCUCUACCAACCACAAAACCCAACAAUUGGCAAUGUCCAAACUGUAACCGGACCAUGUCCAACGGUCGAACCAUUCAAAGGCAUCGUCAAAAUUGUGGUCAAACGAACACAAUCAUUUCGUCAAGUCCCCUACCGUCCACAAAAUCCCAACCAGCGGUCACAAGUGCUCAGGAAGCUGCUCCAAGGCUGGCAGCAAUGUUGACGUCUCCACCACCAUCCACGUCAUCUGGUCCGUCGACGUCUUCAAGUCUUCCAGGGCCAUCUGGGAUGUCCGGCCCAUCCACAUCAUCAUUCCACCAAAUGGACUACGCCCGCCACUCGAUCUACUCGCCUCAGGAAAUGAUGAUCGAUCCCAAUAUCAUGUUAUCCGAUGGAUUUGAUUUUAAGGAUGAUCCAAUGCUCUAUCCAGGACCAUCAGGCCUCCAAUCUGAUAGUAUAUGGUCAUCCAGAGAUGAUAGCUUCCCUUCGGAACCUCCAUCAGCAGUAGAUCACAUUGAUAUGGACCCCCUGUUCCCGGAUAGUUUAUCGGAUAGCUUGCUUAAGGAUUACCACGACCCAUUGGAUUCUCUACACGACCCGCUACAAGAUUUGGGACCGCUGGACUCGUUUUCGGAUCUUAUGAAGCCUGAAUUCGAGUCAACUGGCACGCCGGACUACUCGAUCAAUAAAUUCCAAGGAACGCUUGAGUACGAUAUGGGAAUCUAUUUGGAGAGCAUGCCGAUUGUUGAGAAUUUGACACCGCCGCCGUUAGCUCCGCCCCCACCGCAGCAACGUGCAGCUCCAAUAGCGAGACGAGAAUCGGUGCCGAAUUUUUCGUCAGGAAUCACCUUGCCAGCUUUCACAUGUCGUGCGUGCCAAAAACACGUCUCCUCGGAUCGAUCGCUUCGUCGCCAUUUUGGAACGUGCAAAGCCUACAAAGACUUGUUGGCCGCUGAAGCCGCCAAUCGUCCGCCUGGCGCACCAUCUCCACCCCAACCAAAACGACGGACUGGAGGUGGCGGAGGAGGACCAAAACGAAAUGCAGCACCACCACCACAGAGAAAAGCGUCGAUUGCUCAGCCGCCAGUGGCAGAAGCCGUCCCAGAAAAGGCUUCUAACGAACCGAAUUCCGCGAUUCUGGCGGCUCUCCAAACGAAGCCCAACUACCCGAACUAUCAGCAGGCUCCGCCCACUUAUCACUCGCAGGCCUUGCCGUCUCUUAGCACAUCGUGGUUAUCGUCCACUAGUAAUACUGUACCCUCGACACCCACCACGUCGUCUGGGCCAGAGUCCUAUCAGAAGACGUCGAUUCCAAAAGUGUCUAGUCAACUGGAAUUGCUCAUCAAUGACGACGAGAAUGAUGGCGAUAGUAGGAGUAGUAGUAAUGGAAACGCCUCCUCCAAAUCCGGAAUGCCCACAUACGCCUGUGAACGAUGCAACAAGCACUUGUGCUCGAUGAGCAAUUUGAAGCGACACCGUGCCACGUGUAAAUACGGAUUGAAUUUGGAAACGCCAUCUGCUGAGCAACAAGCCACGCCCACAUCUGACCAGGCUCCGCCCACACCCGCUCCAGCGCAGGCUCCAGUGGUUCAAGCUCCGAUGACUCCCAUUGAAGCUCCGUCCGCUCAAGCUCCGCCCACUCAAGCCCCGCCUACUCAAACCCCGCCCACCUCCCAAGAAACCACCGCCACCGUAACCUACAUGGAAAAAUGGGCGCGGGAAAAAGCCGCGGCGGCACAAAUCUCGCCGAACAAAAAGUCGUCGACAGCUACAGUAACCCAUUCGGAUGUCGCUGAAAACGGAGGAGCACACGUGAAGAUGAUGACAGUAGGAGAGGCCCUGAAAGCCCAACAAUUGCAAAAAGGCCUACUAUCUGGAAAUGGGCCGAACUUUGGAAGCCCCGCCUUCUCGGACCACCACUAUCAGCCACGAUUCCAGUCACGCGGGCCACCACCACGUCCGCCGAACCCGAUCCUGAAUCAAAUUCAAAAUCCACCACAUUUACUCAAACAGCAAGCUCCGCCACUUUUGAGCCCACCCAUCAGUAAGAAGGGCUUGAUUGAGCACAAGAAUACAGAUUUGGUACUGAUCACGUCGGAGCCGUUGGCUGAGAAGACGUCGGCGAAGGAACGUUCUGGAAAUUCUGGAAAUUCCCGCCGAGGAUCGGAGCCACAGGUGCAGAUUCAGAGUCAGCCACUGCCGCCGCUUCAACUUCCGCCGGUAACGAGACAUCCGGACAGACAGAUGGACAGGCCGACACACGGACAGAUGGAAGGAUAUCAGGUUCAAUCGAAGCCCCUUCCGCCGAUUCAAUUUGGAGCACAGAACUCUGGAGCUCAGAAUCCACGUCAGCAGACUCAGAAUCCGCAGAAUCAGAAUUCAUCAGGCGGACUUCAACAUCAUCAGAUUACGUCGCCAAUGGAGAAUCCGCAGAACAUUCAGCACCAGAUGACGUUGCAGAAUCAAAAUCCAGCAGGACAUCAAAAUCCAGGACAUUCACAACAUCAGAUGACGUCACAGGUCCAGAAUUCGGCUGGCCUUCAGAAUUCGGCCCAUCCAAAUCAGAUGACGUCAAAUGUCCAGACUUCGGCAAACCAACAACAUCAGAUGACGUUGCACAAUCAGAAUCCGGCUGGACAUCAGAAUCUAGGACCCCAGAAUCAGAUGACGUCACAGAUGCAGAAUCCAUCUGGACAUCAGAAUCCGGCACACCAACAACAUCAGAUGACGUCGCAGGUGCCGAAUCGACAGAAUCCAGGAUUCCAGAACCAGAUGACGUCACAAAAUCUAGGCCUUCAAAAUCUGGGAAAUCAGAAUCAAGAGCAGAAGAAUCAGAUGACGUCGUCACAGAAUCUCCAGAAUCCCGGCGCAGUUCAAAAAUCUCUGAGCGUCGGCUCAAAACGACCGGAUCCAUACACCCAACACCAUCAGCUGGCUCCGCCUUCUUUGAUCCCGCCCAUCACGGCUCCGCCCACUUUGGCUCCGCCCACAAAACGAGCAAGGAAUGCAGCUGCUGGAAAAGUGCCAAAGGUGCAGAAUCAGAAUUUGGAGACAACCCAAAAAAUGGAAAUUUCGGAAGAAGUGAAAAAGGAAGAUCCAUCGUCUCCACCAAUGACAAAACGGUCCGGAUCACCACUAGACUCUAUUAUCACAUCGGUCCCCCUAUCAAUCGAUACCAAUCAAAAAUCGGCGGCCACCAACGGACCAACAGCGGACCAAGGACAGUCGAGCAUCGAUUCGCCAGAAACCGAGGAUCCAAGUCCAACAGACGGAUCGUCUCGAGGAUCCAUUUCGAAGCGUCUCAUCCCAUACAUCUGCCCGGAAUGUGAUAAGAUCUACUCGUGUCGAAAAAAUGUGAAACGACACCGAAUGGCAGUUCACAAGAUGUCUCUGGACGAAGUGCUGGCAAAACCCGAGCUCCCGGCACCACAAGAGCUGAGCAAUGUCACUCGACGGCAUACUGUAGCCGGUCUAGAGUCUUCUGAAGGCGUUGAUCGUCCCAAAAAACGAAAGGCAUCGACACAAGUGACGUCUGGAGGCAAGAAGACAAAGAAGGUGGAAAUUGAAGAGGAUCCGGAGGAUUCAGAAGGAUCAGAAGACGAGGAAAAGGAGGAGAAGGCGGAGCCGAUUGCUCCACGACCAACGGCACUGCCAUCGGCUUAUACGAUUCUGCCAAGGGGUCAGAAUCCGACUUCUGGAGGUCAGAAUCCAAGAACUCAAAAUUUUGGCCCACGAAGUACCAGUUUUUCCGCCGCCCAGAUUCAUCUGGGACGAGAUCAGAAUCAAGGGAUUCAGAUGACGUCGAAUAUUCAGAAUUCGCAGGUUCAGAAUCAGCAGAUUCAGAAUCAGCAAAUUCAGAAUCCUAUGGGUCGAUUCCAAUCAAACUGGAAUCAGAAUCCGAAUCCAAAUCAGAUGACGUCCCAGAUGCAGAACCCAGGACAACAGAAUCAGAUGACGUCACAGGUUCAGAAUCAGGCUCAGAAUUCACAAAAUUGGCAUCCGCAGAACCAGAAUUGGAAUCAGAAUCUUCCAAAUCCACAAAAUCAGAAUUUCGGACCACCACCAUCCCAACCAAAGACGUCAACAACAACGACGAUGAUUCAGAAUCCACAGAAUCCAGAAAUUUCAAAUUUCGGAGGACAAAAUCAGAAUUCUAGAAGUCCACCAAUGGUUCAGAAUAUUCAGAAUACAAAUAAUUUUGGAAUUCAGAAUUCGCAAAACCAGAAUUUCGGACCUCCACCACCAACAACGACAACGACGUCCUCUACAAUUCAGAGUUCGCAGAAUCCAGAAGUCACAAAUUUUGGAAAUUCGGAAUUCCAGAAAAGUCCACCAAUGGAGAUUCAGAGUUCUCAAAAUCCGACGACGAUUCAGAAUCCGCCACAGCUUCAGAAUUCUGGACUUCAGAAUCCCCCGAUUCUGGAUCCGAAAACCCAAAAUCGUCCACCACAACCACGGAAUCCACAGGUCCAGCUGAUGAUGGACCGGAUUCAGAAGACACGUGACGAAGAGAACGCGAAGCUUCAGAAUUCCAGAAUUCAGCAGCAACAACAGCAACAGCUUCCAGGGAUUCAAAGCCUCCGAGGAACUCAAGAUCAGGCUGCGCCCACUUUCUACCAAGCUCCGCCCCCUUCAUGGGACACCGGAUUCCAGCAAGCGAUGGCCACUAGCUAUCAAGCCACGCCCGCUCCACAUCCAUCGUGGAACUUGCCUCAAGACUAUCAAAUGUCACCGCCGUUGGCAGCUCCACCCGUAGCUACGCCCAUUUACAGUUCAUGGGAUCCAUCGUGGGCCACCACAACGGCGCCUUCAGAGUCCACGUCAACUGAAGUUCCAGGACCUAGAAGAUUCUCCGACGAAGAGGACACCCGUGCCAUGGCCAAGAUCGCUGCGGAGCUGAAGCGCUGUGCAGAGGUGAACCUCUCAGACUCUACAGUAAUCCAUGAGAAGUCUCAAAAACCAAAGGACGAAUCUGAAUACGAUGCGCAUCUUUUCCAAUCGAUCCGAGAAGAAUUCCGAACCAAAGAGGCGUCGAAAAGUCCGGAGAAUGUGCUGGAAAACGAGCAAAACGCGCUGGAAUCGCUGGCUGUGGUCGCUCCGCCCCCGAAAAAAUCCAAGCCACGUCAGCAGAGCCUCGUUUGCACCGGAUGCCAUAAGACGAUGGGAUCGGACUACUCCCUGAGACGUCAUCGGAUGAAUUGCUCAUCGGUUCAGAAGUCGCGGAAUCCAGAAUACCCGAAACCGCCGGCUAAGCGGAAAGGAGGCAAAAACAAUGCGUUGGAGGAUUCGCAGACGUCAGAAACCCCGGAAUUGAGUCAAGAGGAGAUGGAAAUGAUCCGGAAUUCUGAAUCCUGGAAGGAAGAGCCGAUUCCAGAUGUCGUCGUCAGAUUUGUGGAGGAAUUCCAGAUGCAGCUGGAGAGAGAGAAUCGAUUCGAGAACAAUUCAAAAACGACGUCACCGCCGCUGGCCACUCCAGAUGAGUCGACGACGGCGACGUUCACGUCGUCUGAAUCGUCUCGUGAAUCGUCGACGUCGAUUUCUCCUCAAUUGAAAACUAUCAUCAUCACGACAUCUUCUGAAUCCACCAUGACGUCAUCAUCAAAGCCUUCUGAAUCCUCUUCAACGUCUUCUUCUGGAGCUGCUCCACCGGUGCCAUCAUUAAAUCAGGCGAGACAUAUGUGUCAGGUGUGGCUAACGACUUAUUCGAAAUUUCUACAAAAUUCUGAACAUUUCUAG